CAGUCUACAGCUGUUGCAGAGACCAGUGAGAUUUCUCAGGACACUUAUUUCGUUAUUUCAAAAGGGGAAUUCUCUGGAUUUUACGAUGCAAGGCAGGGCUCUUCUAGUUUUUUACAUCUGCCAAUUUCUGAUUUUUAUCCUGUCGGGGGUUACUUGUUCUGAAGCAGAGCACAGGCUGUUCUCUGUGAUCUUCUCCAGUUAUAACCAGUACAUCAGACCAGUGGAGAAUGUGUCUGACCCAGUCAUAGUUCAAUUUGAAGUGUCCAUGUCACAACUCGUCAAAGUGGAUGAGGUGAACCAGAUUAUGGAGACCAAUCUUUGGCUGCGACAUAUAUGGAAUGAUUAUAAGCUCAGGUGGGAUCCCAAGGAUUUUGGAGGGGUGGAAUUUAUUCGUGUGCCCUCUAACAAGAUCUGGAAGCCAGACAUUGUGUUGUACAACAAUGCAGUUGGAGACUUCCAGGUGGAUGAUAAAACUAAAGCUCUUCUACGCUACAAUGGAGAUGUAACCUGGAUCCCACCAGCCAUCUUCAAGAGCUCUUGCAAGAUCGAUGUUACUUAUUUCCCUUUCGACUAUCAGAACUGCACUAUGAAGUUUGGCUCAUGGACAUACGACAAGGCCAAAAUCGACCUGGUGCUGAUUGGUUCCACUAUAAACCUUAAGGAUUUCUGGGAAAGUGGAGAGUGGACAAUAAUUGAUGCUCCUGGAUACAAGCAUGAUAUCAAGUACAACUGUUGUGAGGAGAUCUACACAGAUAUUACUUAUUCUCUCUACAUUCGCCGCUUGCCUCUUUUCUACACCAUAAAUAUGAUAAUUCCCUGUCUUCUCAUCUCCUUCCUGACUGUUCUAGUAUUCUAUCUCCCUUCUGAUUGUGGUGAGAAGGUGACGUUGUGUAUUUCUGUUCUCCUCUCCCUCACUGUUUUCCUCCUGGUCAUCACGGAGACAAUCCCGUCCACCUCUCUCGUCAUCCCUCUGAUUGGAGAAUAUCUUCUUUUCACCAUGAUAUUCAUCACUCUCUCCAUCGUUAUUACGGUCUUUGUACUUAAUGUACAUUACCGCACCCCUAAAACACACACUAUGCCAUGUUGGGUACGGCAUGUUUUCCUUAGUAUGCUCCCUCAGGUCAUGUUCAUGACCCGGCCUGGGAAAGACCCAGAGAGACAGGGCUGUGUGGGAGCCCCUCCACGAUCUUGCACUCUUCAUGCUUCAGGGUCUGUUCCCCAACACCUCACUAAGCAGCACAGUAUCCCAGAAAGCCUGCCACCACGCCCUCAUCUCUUCCUAUGCACAGAGCUCAACAACCUGGGUGAGAUGUCCAAGACAGGGUCCAACUUCCUGUGUAGAGAAAGACGAUGUUCAUGUUGCUGGAAGCAACACAGUACCAAACUGUCCAUGGAGGGGAGAGCUGGUGCCAUUAUGGGAACAGGAGAAGGUGAAGAGAGUACCUGCUCCAGCUCAGAAUCCCUGGAAGGAGGGUUUUUGUGUAUGCCAACUCUCUCACCCGAAGUGAGAGAGGCCAUCGAGAGUGUGAAAUUCAUUGCCGAAAACAUGCGAUUACAAAACGAGGCCAAGGAGGUCCAGGAUGACUGGAAGUAUGUUGCCAUGGUGAUUGAUAGGAUCUUCCUGUGGGUGUUUGUCCUUGUGUGCAUUCUGGGUACAGCUGGACUCUUCUUGCAGCCACUCCUGUUGGGCGAGGACAUGUGAUACCUUCACAGACACAGACUUUAAAUAUUUUAACAGAAUCUGAAUUUGAUAUCAAACAGAAUUUGAGCAACCCUAACUCAGCAUUAUGCAAUUAUUAUAAUUUGUAUUUAUUUUUAUUUUUUAUUUUUUUACAAAUUCAUAUUCAGAGCUGAAUUAAAAUAAAUCAGUUUACAGGAUUGGUGACUCUGGGACCUCAAAUGGAGUAGACAAAACAAAGGCAUACAUCAAUGACUUAAGAAGAUUUCUAAGUACCCAAAAAGCUUCCUUACCUGUGUCAAU